AUGCUCUUCAGUCAUGGAGCUGCUCUCCUAAGCAUGAGGGGGAUCACGCUUUCCUCCCUCUGCUUACUGAUGCAUCUGCUUCAGGAGGAGAUAACUAUGAUUUUAGUUUUGGAGGACGGAGACCUGCAAGAUUUGAUUAAGCCACAGAAGGUAGUGUUCCGUUCGUUAAACUUCAACAGCACUUUGCAUUGGCAGCCUGGGAGGGCCACAGAGGCAAGAGACACGCUCUACUUUGUGCAGUAUAAAGUGUAUGGGCAGAGCACAUGGCAAAACAAAGACGACUGCUGGGGGAUUCAAAACCAUGUCUGUGACCUGACGAAUGAGACCUCUGACAUCCAAGAGCCGUACUACGGCAGGGUGAAAGCCGCAUCAGCUGGUGUCUAUUCCGACUGGAGCCUCAGCUGCAGAUUCACUCCCUGGCAAGAAACUAUGAUAGGACCUCCAACAGUAAGUGUGGUUCAUAACCACAAAUCCAUAAUAAUAAAGCUCCAGGCUCCACAUUCUCCUUAUAAAAGGAAGAGAGGCAGCAAGAUACCAAUGACGAAUUAUUAUCACCUGCUAUAUCAAGUCUUCAUAAUUAACAACUUGCUAGAUGAGCAACACAGAGUCCUGGUGUAUGAAGGAAAAGACAAGGUUGUUAAAAUAGAAGAUUUGAGGCCCGGAGUCAGCUACUGCAUCGUGGCUAAAACGUACAUGCCGAUGCUGGACCGCAGCAGUGCCUACAGCAGCAGGCAAUGCACCGUGCUGCAGUGA